ACAGUCACAAACUCCUCAGUUGUGACAAACUAUGGCAGGCAGUCUGUGUAACGUGGGAAGUUUGAGCAGAUAUGUUGGACACUGAGUGGUCUGGCGCGGUUCAUUGAUCCCUCUCGAGUGUACCUGCUUCGGUUGGUAACGCCGAGCGACUUGAACAAUGCACCCAGGGUGAUUUCUGCGUGUGUGCUGUUGCCGCUUGCUUCUUCCGAGCUGAUGUGGGAGCAGCGUCACUCUAGCCUUCCUCACACCCGCUGCUGAAUGCGCUCCUCCUUCCCCGAGGCUGCAGCAGACAUGGCGACAACACUGCAGCCGCUUACAUUGGAACGAGAUGUGGCUCGAGCCAUUGAAUUGCUGGAAAAACUCCAAGAAAGUGGAGCAGUACCAAUCCACAAACUGCAGUCGUUGCAGAGAGUGCUGCAGAGUGAAUUCUGCACAGCUGUCAGAGAGGUGUUCGAGAGUAUAUAUGAGAAUUUAGACAUCAAUGGCAGCCCAGAAGGUAGAGCCAGUGCUACUACCCAGGCCACAGUGGCCGCUUUUGCUGCAAGUGAAGGCCAUUCUCAUCCUCGUGUUGUGGAAUUACCAAAAACUGAAGAAGGCCUUGGAUUUAACGUGAUGGGUGGAAAAGAACAAAAUUCACCGAUUUACAUCUCUCGCAUUAUUCCUGGAGGUGUUGCAGAUAGACAUGGAGGCCUAAAGCGUGGAGAUCAGUUAUUGUCUGUCAACGGAGUAAGUGUGGAAGGGGAACACCAUGAAAAGGCAGUAGAAUUGCUGAAGGCUGCUCAGAACAGUGUGAAACUGGUAGUUCGUUACACUCCCAAGGUGCUGGAAGAAAUGGAGGCAAGGUUUGAGAAACUGCGAACUGCCCGACGCAGGCAGCAGCAGCAACUUCUGCUCCAACAGCAACAGCAACAGCAGCAAGUUCAACAAAAUCAUAUGUCAUAGAUUUGUCAAGAAGGAAUUUCCAGGCUCUAAGUGAUGAUGGUUGCCAAUUCAAAAGAGCAUACUGCAAUCAGUGGUUUUGCUGUGGGGAAGAAAAGCAACCUUCAGAUACAGUAGAUCAUUUGUGAAGAUGUGUAUAUAAUUCAUUCAAACCCAAGAUACUGUGUACAUCAUGCUGUAAAUGAUUGUGAAGUUUUAGCUAAGCUUAGUGUAGCUUAGAACAAAAUGGCACAAGAUUUUUUGAAAAAUAAUUGAAUGUCUCUAUUUAGAGUCAUAGUAACUGAUGCAAGUUAGAAUUUUUCUUUUAAAUGAGAGAUUCUAACUCAGCAAACACUUAUACAGAAUAUGAACAGACAACCUUUCCCAAAUUUAGAGCCAUCCCUAUUGGCUCUUAUCAAUUUUUGUCUUGAAUAUAAUUGCAUUGUUAUAAAAUAAGUUUGUUUUCAAAUAAUAUUUCUACAGAGAACUCCAAAGAAAUAUCAGAUUUUGAAAUUUUAAUUAUUUUUCACAUAUUAAUGUAAGAUUUUAUUUUUCCAGUCCAUUUUAUUAAAAAUCUUGUGCCUAAUCGUAAAAGUCAAGUUAUCUUGUGAAAAUUAUUUUGACAUAUAGUGCAAUCUCUCCAAUAUCUCCACCUUUUUAAUUGAAAGAUGUGAAAUGCAAAUGAUAAAUCAACCAUCAAUGAGAUUCUUUCCAUUUGUAAUUAUUAUCAGCUCCACCGACAUAAUUUGAAAUUCCCAUUAGAACCAAUUCUCUUUCUUCUUGUUCCUUUGAGCCUCAUUUUACUAGUUUGUGAAGUUGGGGCUAGUUCUGUUACUGCACAGAUUAUGACAAAUGUAGAGAGUCAACACAUGGCCCAUUAAUGAAAUAUUUAUCAUUACUAGAUUUAUAAUGGAAAGUUUACCUACUUGAUGGUAUCAGUGCAAGGAACCAAUAGUAUCAGAAAAUAAGUAUCCACUGAUUCAUUGGAUGCUGAAAUUAUUUUAUGAAGAAUAUUGAAUGCAAAUAAUGAAAGCAUUCACCAAGUACAGAAAUACAAAUGUUACCACAUAGAUAUACUUUAUUUAUUAGGUUGUUCACAGUUUAAUGGAUUCACUGUUCACUGUAUUGGAAGGAGCACAGAAUCAGCUGAACUAGCAUUCCACAGAAGCAUUCUUUUAUUAUUUUCCUUCUCUGGGCUGCUAAUUGAGAAACAGUUGGAUGCCUAUGCUGAAAAAUUGCAUUUCUAUUAACUUUAAUGAUUUGGAUUCUAUAAUGUGCUGGUGACAUCUACACUGGGAGUUUUCACUCGUCAGUCUUUUUGUUGAUUAGCAGAUGGCUUAUUCUGCAAUUUUUGAAAUUUACUGGCAAGAACUGUUUUAUAAGAAGAUUUCUCAACAACAAUGCCUCUGUUUCAGGAAGAAAAGUUAUAUGGAGUGGCAAAAAACUAUACUCAAAGCCUGCAGGACAGACAUAUUUAAUGUGAAAUAUUUUUUGUUAAUGGCUUUAAUUCCAGCUUCCUAUGAUUAUUUAUAUAAAAUUAUAUCUUUGCAUUAUGUUUCAAAAAGAAGAUCUGCUCUCCUCCCUCUUGCCCAAGCCCAACUAUAAGGACCAAUCCAAACCGCUCACAGCCAGAUCACCUUUAGCCCUGAUGUUACACAAACCUUUUACUGUAGCAUUCAAAAUUCAGGGAAAAGAAAACAUUAACUUUAUUCAGUCUGGAAUCUGCUGUAAAAUGUAGCAUUUAUUUUUGCAUGGUUCUACAGUGAGGCAGAAAAGUUUCAUAUAUUUACAAAUAGCAAAUAGAAAUAUAUCUGUGCAAAUCUAGAAAAAUAUGUACAAUUCUAUUAGUGUGAUUUUUGUAUUUCAUUUUGAUUGUACAGAAUUGUUUGAUUUGAUGUUAUAAAGAUGAACAACUUUACUCCAACUCCUAUCAUUUGCUUUUUCCUUCCAAAUUUGAGCUUAAUCAGAAAUGAAUAUUUCAUACCUGAAGUACCAGUCUGUCAAUGUGUGUGGAUGAUUAUAGUUUACUGCUGUUUUAUGUAAUCCAUAAAGUGUUUGAAGCAAAUAUGUCAUGUGUAUCUCAACUAAAAAUUCCAAUUUUGUGGUGUUUUUAGUAUUUCAUCUUCAGUUUAUGAUAAAACUUUAGAUUGUUUACAGAAAAUGUAUUUAAUUUGUAAAAACAAAGAAAUCUUGAAAGCUCUA